AUGGUCCUGGUCGAAUGGCAUUGCACUCCUAUUGGUGGUCUUAGAGAAGCAAUGCUUAGACUGUCCCUUGAAGCUGCUGAAGCGGGCGAGUAUGAUGAGGUCGAUAUAUUGAGUACCCCGAAAACGACAACGGCGUUUCGAAGCGCCAGCCCUCACUUCAAGAUUAUGCUUCGCGGCGACGACAAUGGACGAAGGGUGUCACACGAGCACCAUGUCAAGAUAGCGCAUAGAGAUGCCUCCGGACGAACAUGGCGCUACCAGAUCCAAAAACGAAACCGCGAGGAAAGCUAUGACUACACAACCCUCGUGGCAACGAACUCCCACCGAAGUAACUCCCCGCGCCGGCGUCGGGAGCAAAGGGAAGCUGAGGCCGCAAGAUUGGCUGCAGCUGCUUCACAACAGGCACAGCCUGAUGGCUGGUAUGCCGACCCAUGGGCUGGAGACACCGGGAAAACGUGGAGAUGGUUUCAGAAUGGCCAGUGGUCAGGGCAUACGCGCUGA